AUGACUGUUGCCAAGGGGGACACGUUCCGUUACUUCUUUGUGAGGGGCCGCAUUACCUCUGCGGUCGCUGCUUCUCGCAAGUCCGACGGUAAGCUCGUGUACGCUGCUUUGGGGGACGACGAAUCUCAACUGCUCCAGCACUUGCACGAGGACUUCAAGAAGCUGUACAGGAGGCUGGACCGUGCGUUCGAGCUCACCGAGGCUGAAGAUGGUGAAGAUGCGGGAAGUGGGGUGCUCACGGAGCAGUACAAGCAGUGGCUCGACGGGACCGCAUGGCCAGCUAUCAGGCACGACCUGAUCUUCGGGACUCCGUUCCAACACACGGUAUGGGCGCAGAUGCUCAAGUUGCACCGCGGGCAGACCACUACGUACAGUGCCCUAGCGAAGGGGAUCGGCAGACCGACCGCGUCCAGGGCUGUCGCGAGCGCUUGUAAGGCCAACGAGAUCGCACUUAUCGUGCCCUGCCACAUGGUGCUUAACAGUAAGCUGGGUAUCUCCGGUUACAAGUGGGGAGGGCCCGUUUUGAAGCGGAAGCUCAUCGCAAGGGAGACCCAGCCGCAUGGUAUGUAA